AUGCCUGCUGCCUACCCUGUCCCCACCAAGGUCAUACAGGAGCUAUGGGACAAGUUUACCACCUGGAUCAUGCGCUCCUAUCCCAUACGGGACUACCCCCUCAACCUUCGCCCGGCUAUGGUGUUUGCUACAGCAGCAUGGAUCAUACUACUGGGUAUUCUCGGAAUGGCGCCCCUUCCCGAGCUGCCCGUCAAUGAUAAAGCACUGCAUUUCUUUGGCCUGGGCUUUGCGACAUUCUUGCUGUACUUUGUCAUUGACGUGCCAGAAGGGCCAGGCAGAAGAGUAUGGUAUAUCCGUCGGGCACCGCUCAUCGUGGUCGGCCUGCUGGCAUUCUUCAUCGGCGGCAUAGUCAGCGAAUUCGUACAAGCCACUCUCCCAUGGAAAACAUUCCAACCCCUCGACAUCCUCUCCAACCUCCUCGGCUCCUCCCUCUUCCUCUACCUCGCCCACCUCGCCCAUUUGCGUCAUCUCAAAAAGCAAGAAAUCCUCUCCCUCUACCAACCCCUCUCCGCUGGCGGCGUGGGGCGGUACCGCGAUGCCCAAGGGCGGGAACAUCGGUUCGAAGGUGCCGCUUCGCCCGUACAGGAGACUUCCUCUGCCAGAGGGGUAGGGGGAAGGGGGAGUCAGGGGGUGAUUUGGGAUGAAGAGUCAGAGACGGGCAGUCGGGCCAGUGAUGAUGGGAACAGAGGGGGUGAAGGGGGUACAGGGACGGGGUAUGGAGGAGCGGGACUGCCGGUGUUUAGGAUAGACGAUGAGGAUGCGCUGCCGCCUGGCAACCGGCCUGGUGGGGUUCAGCUCUCGUAA